CAAACAUUUGACCGCUCCCUCGAAUCACGGGUCCAAUUUAAGACGACUAAAUGUCAUUCAUCUCUCUGCACAUCUUACCUCACCUUUCAUCUUCUACUACUAUUUCAACAUCUUACCUCACCUCACCACUUGGUCAUGAUUACGUUACGCUUCACCACAUCCCUCUUCAAUGUUUGAUUAUCUUUCCUGAAAAUGUCUGAUGAUUCAUCCACCACAUUCACCCAUGGGGCUUCAAACACGGUUUUCAAGAGCGGUCCGCUGCUUAUAUCUUCCAAAGGGCUAGGAUGGAAGUCAUGGAAGAAACGCUGGUUUAUUCUCACACGCACUUCUCUCGCUUUCUUCAAAAAUGAUCCAAGUGUACUUCCCCAGAGAGAAAGUGAAGUAAAUCUGACGUUGGGAGGAAUUGACUUGAACAGUUCUGGAAGUGUUGUUGUUAGAGAGGACAAAAAGCUGUUAACUGUUUUGUUUCCUGAUGGACGCGAUGGCCGGGCAUUUACGCUCAAGGCAGAAACAUCUGAAGAUUUGCAUGAGUGGAAGACAGCUCUUGAACAUGCUCUUGCACACGCCCCAAAUGCAGCCCUUGUUAUGGGACAAAACAGAAUCUUCCGGAACGAUACCACUGAUUCAAAUGAACAGUCCUUUCAUCAAUGGAGAGAUAAACGCUCCAUCAAGUCUCUAGUUGUCGGAAGACCAAUAUUGUUAGCGUUGGAGGACAUAGAUGGAGGCCCGUCUUUCCUUGAGAAAGCUCUUAGAUUUCUUGAGACACACGGAAGCAAAGUUGAAGGAAUCUUGAGACAAUCUGCAGACGUAGAGGAGGUAGACCGCAGAGUUCAACAAUAUGAAAAAGACAAGAAGGAAUUUAGUUCUGAUGAAGAUGCACAUGUUGUCGGUGAUUGUGUUAAGCAUGUCCUUAGAGAGCUUCCCUCAUCACCUGUUCCCGCAACCUGUUGCACUGCUUUGUUAGAAGCUUAUAAAAUUGAUCCGAAGGAAGCUCGAGUGAACGCUAUGCGUGCUGCAAUCUUUGAAUCAUUUCCUGAACCAAAUAGGCGCUUGUUACAGAGAAUUCUGAAGAUGAUGCACACUGUUUCUUUGAAUACUUGUGAAAAUCGAAUGACAGCAUCAGCAGUUGCUGCUUGCAUGGCACCGUUGCUCUUACGCCCACUUUUAGCUGGCGAAUGUGAGUCGGAUAAUGAUUUUGAUGAUAAGCGUGACAACUCUGCACAGCUGCUUGCUGCUGCUAAUGCUGCUAGUAACGCUCAAGCUAUUAUUGCAACUCUCCUAGAGGAGUUUGAGAAUAUAUUCGAUGAUGAUGCUAUGCUCAGAUGUUCGAUAUCCGCGGGUUCCCGUGACGUUAGUGCAAGUGAAGAUUCAACUGAUGAUGAAAAUAUGGAAACGGAAAACAAUGUUUACCGUGAUGCAGUAAAUGAAGCUGAUCAAGAAUCUGAUGAUGAUCCCGAACGUGUAUUUAGUGGAAAGUUGAGUGAAAGCAGUGGUUAUGCUGGCAGUGAUCUUUAUGACUUUAAGGCAUAUGGGACUGAUGCAUCAGAUGUGGUGUCUCCAAAUAACAAUGUAAAUUUGGGAUCAAAAUUAAAUUCAUUGGCAGAUUCUCAACCUCUUGAUUCAAGCACAGAGACUCCUGUUAACAAACUAACAGGAUCCAAUUCUAAGUCUAGGCGUACAACGAUAAGGGGACGGAAUAAUGCUAGAAAGACUCCUUCAGUGGAAUCUUUUGAUUCUUCUGGUGAAGAAGAGCUUGCUAUUCAGAGGCUUGAGAUGAUGAAAAAUGACUUGAGGCAAAGACUUGCAAAAGAGGCGAGAGGAAACACGAUACUUCAAGCUAGCUUGGAAAGAAGGAAGCAAGCAUUACACGAACGUAGGAUGGCACUUGAACAAGAUGUUUCAAGAUUGCAAGAACAGUUACAAGCUGAGAGAGAUCUAAGAUCCAUAUUAGAAGUUGGGUUAAGCAUGUCUUCUGCACCGGUUUCUCGAUCCCAUAACAUGGAUCCAAAGACGAGAGCGGAGCUGGAGGAGAUUGCUAUUUCUGAAGCAGAUGUUGCUCGGUUGAAGCAAAAAGUUGCGGAAUUGCAUCAACAACUUCAUCAACAACGCCACCAACAUCUCCAUAACUAUAAUUCUCAUCAGAGAGUUUUUCAACAAGAUUUUGAUUCUACAAUCGCUUAUAUCAACCAUGAACGAAAACAAAGAUCAGAGGAAACUACAUUGGGAGCGGAAUUCAGAAACAUUAGAGGGCAAACCUUAAUGAAUGGAAACACAAGCAGACAAGCUACUCGUGUGCAGUUUCUAGACUCGACAAGAUUAAGUGAUUCUAAAAGUAGCGAGACAUCCACAAGUUUAUCUAUGGAUGAAUUUGGGGCUGUUGAUUCUGCAAUUAUGCCAUUUACAUCAAGACCAACUGAGGUGAUUGAUUAUUCAAGAAACCCAUUGGCAACAUCAUCAUCGACGCUAGUAGAAUUAACAACCCGCCUCGAUUUUUUCAAGGAACGGCGUUCACAGCUCAUGGAACAACUUCACAACCUCGACUUAAGCUACACAACCUCAUCUCAAGAUUUUACAUAUAAACAACCACCUGGCUGGAACAUCCUUAAAAGAAGUUAAUCUCUUUGUAUAUCCUAAGUUUCUUCUCUUUUCAUGAUUCUUUGUCAUUUGGUGUCAGCAAACAAAAAACUCAAUUUGUAUUCAUGUGAAGUGGCCUCCUAGAAUCCUUAAUUAACUGUCUAUUAUUUGGUUUGACAUGAAAUGGCCGGUUUUGCACGUGUUUAUGCGGUU